UCAGAAAAACACAUAAUGCAGACCCAAAACAUCUGUCUCGUUGCUCUAUUCAUAGCUUUGUUCAGCUCUGAAACCAUUUCCGCCGUCAAAUUCAACUUUAACAAUUUUGACGGAACAAAUCUAAUCUUCAUUGGUUAUGCUGAGCUAGGACCAGCAACCGAUGGCAUGAGUCGGUCAGGAGCUCUCUCCAUGACCCGUGACAACAUUCCCUUCUCACAUGGCCAAGGUCUCUACACAGAUCCAGUGCCAUUCAAAACCUCCAACAACACUUCUUCUUCUGUUUACUCUUUCAAAACAUCAUUCACUUUCUCCAUCACUCCUCGAAAGUCAAACCCUAACCCCGGUCAUGGCCUCUCCUUCAUCGUGGUCCCAACCGUAAACUACGACCAAGACUCAACCCAUGGCUUCCUCGGUCUAGUUAACAAGACAACCAAUGGCAACCCCAAUAACCAUCUCUUUGCAGUCGAGUUUGAUGUUUUCCAAGAUAAACGUUUCGGCGAUAUUAAUGAUAAUCAUGUUGGUGUUAAUGUUAACUCUGUUAACUCGAUGGUUUCUGAGAAAGCUGGUUACUGGAUUCAGACAAGAACUGGAGGAAAGAAACAGUUGUUGUUCAAGGAAGUGAAGCUAAGUAGUGGAGAUAAGUACAAGGCUUGGAUUGAGUAUAAAGAUAGUAAGGUCAGUGUUACGCUUGCACCUGCGCAUUUGAAGAAACCGAAGAUGCCACUGAUUGAGACACAUAUUGAUCUUUCUGAGGUGGUUCUUCAGACAAUGUAUACCGGUUUUUCCGGUUCGAUGGGCCGUGGCGUCGAGCGUCAUGACAUAUGGAGCUGGAGUUUCGAGAACACAGCCAAAAGCAAUUAAUCCGAUUUGUAUUUGGUCUAGUUUGGUUUGGUUUAUUUCUUUUGUUUUUCUUUUCUUUUAUGUAAUAUUUGUUGCUAGUUUAAUAAUUACUAGAUUUUGAUCCGCGCUUGAAAGGCGUG